UGGUUUCCGGUUCCGGGGCUGGCGCGGGUGGGUGACUUCGCACCCCCAGCUGGAGCCAGAGCUGGUCCGCGGGUGGGUGGAGACUCGCGAUGGGGAGUUAGAGCCGCGGCUGGAGAAAGGGCGGAAAAUUGGGUUCAUGUAAUCCAGUGCAUCGUGAUUGAGAGAGACUGGACUGGGUUUGUGCCUUAAACAAAAUCUGUAUACUUGACACAAGACCAGCAAGAUGGGAAAUAGUGCCUUAAAAGCUCACUUGGAGACAGCCCAGAAAACAGGCGUGUUCCAGCUAACUGGAAAGGGUCUCUCUGAGUUUCCUGAAGACCUGCAGAAGCUAGCCAGCAACUUAAGGACAAUAGAUUUGUCAAACAACAAAAUUGAGAUCCUGCCACCACUGAUGGGAAAGUUUUCUGUUCUGAAGAGUCUUGCUUUAAACAACAACAAACUGACUGCUCUACCUGAGGAGCUGUGUAAGCUGAAAAAACUUGAGACCUUGCAUCUGAAUGGCAACCAUCUGACGCAGCUGCCUGCCACCUUUGGACAACUCUUGGCUCUCAAGACCCUGAGCCUUUCUGGAAACCAGCUUCGGACUGUGCCCACCCAACUCUGCAGUCUUCGUCACCUAGAUGUGGUGGAUCUCUCAAGAAACCAGAUCCAGAGCGUACCAGACACAGUAGGGGACCUGCAGGCCAUUGAACUCAAUUUGAAUCAGAACCAGAUUUCCCAGAUCUCAGUGCAGAUCUCUCACUGUCCACGCCUCAAAGUCCUGCGUUUGGAAGAGAACUGUCUAGACCUCAGCAUGCUUCCUCAGAGCAUACUCAGUGAUUCCCAGAUCUCAUUGCUUGCAGUGGAGGGUAAUCUCUUUGAAAUCAAGAACCUCAGAGAACUGGAGGGCUAUGACAAGUACAUGGAGCGGUUCACAGCCACCAAGAAGAAGUUUACAUGAUAGACUGCUGUUCUGAGUCUGUAUCAUUGGACGUAAAAGAUAGUGACCAAAGCAGCAUAAUCAGCAGCACUGUCUGCUUGGAAUGACAAUUUAAACCAAGAUUGAAAGUUUUGGGCUUGAUGAUGGCGAUGAAGAAACUGACUAUUCGUUUCAUAAGUCUGCUAUGUUGCUGCCACUACCACUUCAAAUAAAAAUCUGACAUUGGGAAAUUGCAGCCUAGGCAUUGAACUGUUAAAUUUGGCUAGAAACUGCUUAUACUUCUGGCUAGCUUCCUUGCUUCAUUUUAUUCUCCCUUUUCAGGAUGACUUAUGUGGGAGAAAGGGAUAUAUAAUCCUCAGUAGUUGAUGAGGUAGAGGACAUAAGCUUUUUUCACAACAGAUGCUACUGCAUCCUUAUAAAGGGAAGUUGACUAUUGUUUAGAGUGGGUUACUUGCAUCUAACAUGUUUGCCUGGUAGUGUACUGCAGUUCUGCUACCACAAUAAUUCCAAAAUAUUAAGUUAUACUACUUCCUGUAAAUGUCCUCUAGCAUGGAGGUUAACUUUCACAUAGAUCUGUUGUAAUACUAAAAAUUGUGUACACUUCAUAAAGCACAAAUAGUUAAAUGAGCUCACAUGGUUAAUUUAUCUUGUCUAUUUUAUAUUAACUGCUUUAGGAAUCAAAGCUUGUUUCUGUCAUCUUUUCUCUUACCAGUUGUAUCAAUUCACAGUACAAUUUACAGGAUGUCUUCUAGUUGAUGGAGAAAUGCACUAUUCCCUUCUGCUUGAACAUACUGCUAUUUAAUGGACUACUUGACAGGUUUUUUCUCUGUCUUCAGUAAAAUGUAGUUUGCUGGAAAAACUGUUAUCCUUGCACUGAUGAGUCCUCACAUCUGCAGAGCCACAUCUAAAACUUUUUCACCUUAUUACAGCUGCCUUACUACCAAAAGCACCCAGCAAGAGCUAAAAAUGUAUGCAAUUAUGUAACAGGUACUAAAAUCAAUUAAUUGUAAUAGAUUUAACUUGUGUAUUUAUUUUACUAAAACACUUUAAAACUGUAGUUUAAAUGUGUCAAUUCUAACCAUAUUUCUGCCACUUCAAUGUGAUUGUAUUAAGCUUACCUAAAAGGUUUAUUUUACCAAUCUAUAUUAGAUUUUUUUGUAUAAAACUACUUGUGACAAUCUUAAAAAUAAAGACACUACUUUUGAAGAGAGAAAA